AUGAAUUUUACAGUUUAUUUUAAAAACCGUUCCACAGCAUACAAUGACUAUGACGCAGAAAUUUACUACCCAUUAGUAAAGCAUCCUCUGCAUGUUAUAUUAAUCUUGUCGUUUGCCUACGGAUUAGCAUUUCUUUCGGCUGUUGUCGGAAACUGCUUUGUGAUUGCUGUUGUUCUAAAGUACCCGUGGAUGAGGAAUGUUACAAAUUAUUUUGUAGUUAACUUGGCCGUAGCUGACAUCUUAGUUGCUAUAUUUUGCCUUCCAUUUACUCUUUUGGAUAAUAUCUUCUCAGGCUGGCGGUUGGGCACAAUGAUGUGUAAAGCAACACCUUUCAUUCAGCAAAUCUCAGUGUGUGCAUCAGUGAAUACGUUGGCUCUCAUUGCUGUAGACAGGUACAUGGCAAUUUGUAAUACAUGGUUGUCGAAAAUUUCCAAAACUGCCGCCCGUGUCGCCAUUUUUUGUAUCUGGAUUGUUGCCAUUACUUUGUCACUUCCGGUUGUCAUAUUUUACGAGGCAUAUGAAUCCCAUACACGGUCUCAGAUUAUACCCAUGUGUCAUCAGAUAUGGCCAGACUUCAACUUUCAACGGUCUUAUUUUGUUGUUGGACUUUUCCUGUUGUGUUACGCAUUGCCACUGAUUCUUAUCAUGGUAUGUUACACUUCAAUAACUAUCCGUGUUUGGCGCCGGCAUGCCCCUGGUGUCUCCAACACUUGUUAUAGCGGCGUUAUCCACAAAUCCAAGAUCAAAGUCAUCAAGAUGUUUGGAAUAGUAAUAAGUAUCUUCGCUCUCUCGUGGCUGCCGUUAUAUGUGAUAUAUUUCAAAUUAUACUUCUAUCCACCAAAUUCACAAAGUGAAUUGAAUCUAUUAUUUGAGAUCAUUAUACCCGUCAGUCAGUGGUUGGGAUUAUGUAACAGUGGAGUUAAUCCUAUGAUUUAUUGUUUCUACAGCAAAAAAUAUAGACAUGGUUUCAAGUGCUUAGUAACGUGUAAACCCUACUUCUAUCCAUCUCGGUACUUCACUUAUCAGUCGGGAAAAAUACCUACCGCAGACUCGACGAGUUCUAGAAGCAUAGAUAGGAACAGCAAACAGGAAAGAGUUUACACCCAUCCAAAAUUUAUGCUUGUUCAAUACACAGAUGGAAAUAUGUCUGUAAGUUUUCGGAAAGAAGAAACGAGUCAAACAAGAAUGUGAUGAUGCC